AUGCCAAUCCAUUCAGUGGAAAGGCGUGACUAUUCUUUCUCGCUAAGCGCGCGGUACAGUCAGCUGAUUCGCUGACGAUACCGACAAGACUCGGGCUCCGUGAGUGGAGAAGCGAUGUCGGGAGCUUUCUUCAAUGACUUAGCGGAAACCAGGUGGCAACUAGUCCAUCGCAGUAUCGAUUCCUGUUAGCGGUCUGUGAGAAAACUUGUUUGGGAUGCAUUCUCACGCAUGUUUCGGGAUGGAAGAGUUUUGUUGCCCGACUGUGGGGGUGCUUAAGGAGCUUUCAUAGAGACGGAUACCGUCAUCAUUUAAGGAUUUUUCCGUUACGAACUCGUUUUCGGGAGUACCAUUUGCGGAUAGUUUCCUACAUUUGUCUUAAGCAGUUUAGUUCCAAGGAAUAUCUAACCUCUCUAAAGAAGAAAGUAAGGACAAGUGUUUUCGUAGGCUCAGAGGAACACUUAGCCUUCUCUUGAGGAUAGUGAAAAGUGUAUCUGUGAUGUUCUGUCUCAACAGUUGUCAAACGAACCUUUUCAUUUUUCAUCAAGUGUGUGCUUAUUAGUGAGCCAUAUGAAGGCUUCUACACUGAAUGUGUCGCAGCGAUGAAACCAUGACUUCACGUGUGCUUUUACCAGACCAACGGUAAUUUGGCAUAUGACAUAAGCAGACAAGUUAAAAGUUCCACACAACUUCCGAUGUACAUACAUAUCGUUCUCGCAGGAGGUGAUAAAAAGGACAAAGAUAUAUAAGUAAGAAGCAAUUCAACCAGUUUCAUUCCGAUGUGGAUACCUUGUCGAAUAUGAUAUUUUCAAGUAUGGCGUCCAAGUGUAACAUCUUUGGAUGUACACAAGAAUUGUAUUAAAAUUACUGGAUUCUUUUUAAGACGAACUGCUUGUGAAGUACCUAUAGCAGAAAUACGGCUAUAACAUCCUUAUAGCCAAGUGACAUAUUCAUCAUGUUGUUCGGUCAGUUGUCAAGCUACCGAUUGACACACGCGGUAAUGCUGCAGAAAAUGAUGAACAGAAUUGCGGCGGUGGUUGUGUUGGAGUUUCUUACGUGUUUCUUCAUUUGUGGAAAUGCCUCUCCUGAGAUCCGUGUGCGGGAACCUCAGUUUACAACGAUGUCAGGCUCAAUAAACCACAAGAAAGGAGAUCUGGCGAUACUGUACUGCUCUGUUCAGAAUCUUGGUGAACGAACGGUUGUAUGGAGGAAACUCCCCAUGGCGGGGCCUCUUACCGUCGGCACGAAGACGUGGGUGAAGGAUAAGCGAAUUCACGUAGAACAUAUGCCUAACAGUGACCAGUGGAACCUUAUAAUAGAAAAGGCAAAUGUUAAUGACUCAGCCACUUAUGAAUGCCAGGUCAGCUUUAGGAGCAAAAAAUUGCGUCAGCUUAUAACGCUCACUGUAAAAGACGAUUCAAAUAAAGACGCGCCAAGGAUUCAAAUAAGUGGCGAAAGUUAUCUUAAGAAAGGACAAACGUUGAAACUUACUUGUAACGCCAGCUUAAUUGAUGAAUCCAUGGACGGGUUAUGUUGGUACAAAGAUAAUGACAUCCUGACUACUCAAGGGGACAAACGGAUACAAGUGUUAAGUUCUGUGAUGCUCUCUAGAACCUCAAGUGGACAUAUGAGCAGUGUGUUAGAAAUCACUGAUACCACAGCCAGUGAUAGUGGAAAUUACGUGUGUAAAUCGCCGGAAAAUUCACAGAUGGCGGGAGUCCGAGUGGAAGUAUUGAAUGGUUCCCAGAAUAUUAAGCGAGUUCCACCCGAUCCAGUGGAAUCGAUGGAUAUGAAAAGUUCUCCAAACAAGAAGAAACAUGUAAGUGGGUGCUCACAUCGUGUUCUCUCAGACAGUUACCUUCUCUCAACGACUUUAAUCACUGCAAUCCUUACACUUGUGAGGAAAUAACCCGGGGAUAUUCGAAGCAAAGACGCUGUGAUAUGUGAUCUCUUCUAGCAUCAUUUGACGUUAAAUAGGACGGCAAUUAUUGGCGGUGUUUCCCAACAAUGACGACUAUCAUGUUACUAUUGGGGACGAGUUGGACGGUAUUGCCAAUAUCAUCUGGUGCUGUGCUAUUUGUGCAAGGACGCAGUUGAGGAGGACGAGUGGGAUUUCAAACAACUCGCCUAUCAUUGGGCCCAGACUUAGGAUGGAAGACUUCUACAUUUUCACAUUACAAAGUGCUUCGUUCACAUUCCAACACAUGUCAGUAUUAUGUACACAUCAGUCAACUCACGUCUAUCGUUUAGUGGAGGAUUCCGACAUCGCCCUAUACACCUGAAGUGAGCAGUGGAGUAUUUACAUGUCUCACGGAAGAUACGAACGUGUUCAUAAAAAUUCCUUUCCUAACAAUAUCAUAAUAUCGAAAUAGGCCAUCAUGAUAAUGUCAGCAACUGGACGUAGCAAUGUAACAAUUUGUGAAAUUGUGCUGAGACCCUGCCUGUCACAUCACGGAAACAUUUGUCAGCGAUGUUUAGAGUAAAUGGCAACAUAAUCAUACAGGACCUACUGACCUUUAUUAACACCUUUAGUGCAAGACGGACUAUCAGAGGGACGUGCCCAGGAACAGUUGCAUACACAAUUAGAACUAAGGACUAUUCGUACACAUUACAACAUUUACCUAUAUCUAACGGGUAGUACAUGCGACUUGUGGGCCUUUCAUCAUGUACAAAGCAUCAUGGUACAGACGUAUGGUCUUCGGGGAACUUUGGACAUCCAUGUACGCGUAAUAAGCAAAUGGGCUUAAUGACGAUAAUUCAGGUAAAUAUACGCAGUGUGCAAUACUUAUGUGUAUGAUGUGUGGUCAUAUCCUGAAAAUCUUCGCUAUAGCGAGUUUGUGGGGUUAACGAAAUGUACCCCACUACAGCAAUGUGUAGAUACCUCAUAACAUAGAGGUAUAUUCAGUCUGUGAAACGUAUGGGGUGAAAUAUAACGUGCGUCCGAGGCGUUAAGCCUUAAAGGGUUAACAGACGCAAGUGAUUUAGGUAUUAAUCCGAGGGUUGUGUAUAGCAAGUUGUACUACAGUCUUUCACGGUAAGUAGAUUUUGUACAUUUCUUACACCUUGUCUUUGUAAAUACAAAUGUGAAUAAUCUGUGAUAUGUGGAACAUGCGGGCUACUUCAGGUCUAUUGUUUAUAGUUUUUGUAGUUCAUAUAUUGCAAUGGAUAUUUUGUUUUCAUUGGCCUGUGAUUAAUGUCAUGUGCUAAGAAGAAGCAUACACGAAUUUGCAAAUAACACUUAAGAAUUGAUAGUGCUAAUUGUCUAUUUUACAAACAACAUAAUCAUGUUGUGAACUUACAUGUGUGUUGGUCACACUUUGAUAGUUGCAUAACAUCGUCUUUGAGGCGAGUAUAUGUUGCAAUUUAUGCUAAAAUAGCCUCGCUUUCUUUGAUUUUAUGGACGGAAAUAAGGGAUUUAUUGAAGUGAUGAAUUCUAUUUUCUUUACUAAAUAUAUAACAGCAAGGAUGGGACAUGCUGACAGUUCAUAAUGAUAUACAUAUUGGGACCCAAAGGGUCGCGUGCCAUUAUCUGGGCGCAGUCUGGUGCAGGAUCCAGACCCACUCCUCCUGCAGAAGUUGACAGACAUUACGACCACUGUCACCACACAGAUGGUCAGUGGCUUUAGGGCAGGGAGUUUACUUGGCAUAUAACAGAAACAGCAGUUCACAUGUAUGCGAAUCGGAUCGACUAACCGAAGACGUUUUUUAACAUUGAUACGCGGAAAGAGUACAACCAUGUUAAGUCAGUCUACCAUAGCUGCAGGUGAUUACUGAUCCAUCGCUUACGAACACGUCUGUCAAAAAGGUUCCGGUCAUUUGUCGACAAGGAACAUCCAUUCAUCAAGGAACAUUGUACGAUGUCAUCUGUCCUUUAUCAUACUUGAUAAUGAUCUGAAUCUGUCCCAUGCUCUUGGAAACAUGUUACCUAUGAAUAUUCCAUUACCAUGAAAUCAUGCAAAAUGAAUUGAGAUCACGAUAACCUCUCGGAGAGUGACUACAUACCUCUUUCUACCCGUUACUCAUGCCGUUUUUGCUCCGUUUUGUUUCGCAUCGGUGAUAGUAAGUGUACGCGUUGCUGCCACAAAACAACGGUUGCUUUUAUCCUACAAUUGCUCUGCGCUGGUGACAAAAGCAUGACACUAAGAAAUGUUUUGAGAACAUUCGUCUGAGAAUGUGACUACUAUUUAAUCUGUUUCUAAAAACUUCUAAUGUGAUCUCUUAUUUCCGUCCGUUGCUGUAUUUACAGUAAAUACGUUUUUCACUCUGCCAAACAAUGCGUUUUCGUUUUCGUCGAGGCAUGUUGGGGAGGAAGAAACAGCCAUGGGAAUGGUACGUAAAUAUCGAUCAAUAAUGCAUCAUCGGCCUCCGUAAUAAGAACACAUCCAGCAGUAGCCAAGUUCUAGGAAUAGAACCUGUAACAGACCACUGUGUACAUCACUCUGUUGUAUUCUUUCCUACAGUCUUAAAUCUACAUCAGCAGUGACCUCACGACUGUGCAAAUUGUGAGGAUUUAUGACUCUGUUGUAGGCAAAACAGGAAAAUGGCACAUGUCCAAAUUGCUGUGUGUGUGUCAGAGCUACUUUUGAAAGCAAGCGAAACGCUUCUCCUUAGCACUGCUGGUGUGUUGUAUGUUUUCUCAUGAUGCACAUAUGCAAAGCUUCUACGCUGUUGAAAGCCAUAAUGAUUGGUGUUUCAAAAACAUAAAUGUAUUGUUUUACAUGGUUGCAAAGGCGAUAAUGAAAUAUUGAUUUAUCAAAUAUUACAUUGUUGCGUUAUCUGGAGACAGAUACUUUUCAUUUGAUGUAAAAACAUACUGUUAUUACAAGGCAAUUUAGCUGAUAUCUCACUGUUAAAAUUUCAGUGUUGCAUUGAAGGGUUUUAUCAUGCUAGAGCGUUGUAAACUACAAGCAAAUAAAUGGCUUUUGUUAGAAUAUCUGAGUAAGUCACCGUGUUAACUGUUUUUAGGUUCUUCAAUUUAAGGCUUUUCUCCGUCCAUAUCAUUUCAAAACAGUUCACCAUCCAGUGUUGGUUAAAGAACUCAUAAUGAAAAGUCGUCAUGCUUAUAGUUGUCUUAAUGUGUCGUCUCCUUUGACGUGAAUUCUGAUGCGGCCGUUACCAGAUAGAGUCAGCACCUGUGAAAAAUACCUGUUAGUCAACACGUCAAGCAUAUGUUGUUAUUCGGUUGCAUCAAUGCGACACCAUCUCAAUUUGUCAUUGACACAAAGUUGUAAUUAUUACUCUUGAUAAUUGCUGAUUUUGUGUUCCAUUGUAUAUUGUCUGUAGAUAUACAUGAGUAUGUAAAUUGGGUAUAACAUCAUUUAAUCAUCAUUUUUCAUAUGUAUAUAUCCAUUAUUGAUGUAUAUAAUCUGUAAAUAUUAUGACAUGCAUUCAUGUAAAUUAAA